AUGAAGACGUCUGCCUCUGUUUUGUUGGUGGCGGCUCUGCCAGCAGCACUGAUCCUCUCCUCGGCCAAUGCCUUUGUUCCACGGCCAGUCCCUACUAUUAAUACAGUGUCCAGUCGUGCGGGUACUACUGCUAGAUCCACAUUCAGCCAGGUGGUGGUGACUGCCAAAUCCAAGGCAUCUGCUUCCUCCUCCAAUGCCAAUGACGACAAGGACAAGGACAAGGACAAUAAUGUGGACAAGAACAAAUUGGCCGCAUUGGACGGCGUCAUAAAUCAAAUUGAACAAUCGUACGGCCGUGGCUCAAUCCUCAAAUUGGGCGAUGCCCACGGCAUGGUGGUCGAUUGUGUGUCCACAGGCGCCUUGACAUUGGAUGCCGCCUUGGGAGGUGGUGGAUAUCCAAAAGGUCGUAUUGUGGAAAUUUAUGGUCCGGAAGCCUGUGGAAAAACCACCCUGGCAUUGCACGCCAUUGCCUCUGCGCAAUUGAAUGGAGGCAUGGCCGCCUUUAUCGAUGCUGAACACGCAUUGGAUCCAGCGUAUGCCGAACACUUGGGCGUCAAUACCAACGAUUUAUUCGUCUGUCAACCCGACAGUGGCGAAAUGGCACUCGAUGUCGUAGACAAGCUCGUACGAAGUGCAGCCAUGGAUGUCAUUGUCAUUGAUUCCGUGGCGGCACUAGUCCCUCGGGCCGAACUCGAAGGCGAUAUGAGUGAUUCACAAAUUGGGUUGCAGGCAAGACUCAUGUCCAAGGCCAUGCGCAAAAUUACUGGAUCUCUAGCUGCUUCCCAGACCGUCGUCGUUUUUCUCAAUCAAUUGCGAUCCAAGGUCGGAGUGAUUUACGGAUCCCCGGAAGUGACAUCGGGAGGCAACGCCCUCAAAUUUUAUGCGUCAGUAAGACUCGACAUUCGACGCAAAGAAAUCCUUCCGGACAAUGCCGGGAUUCGAGUCAAAGUGAGGGUGGUCAAAAACAAGGUCGCCGCUCCCUUUCAGGUGGUACAAUUGGAUAUUCUAUUUGGACAAGGCAUUGAUGGUGUUGGAUGUCUCGUCGAUGCCGCUGAAGAAUGGGGUGUUGUCGUACGAAAAGGAUCCUGGUAUGCUUAUGAGGGCGAGAAUAUUGCCCAGGGACGGGCCAAGGUCGUCGAAGCGCUCAAGGAAGAUCCUGUCUUUUUAGAAGACAUGCAAACAAAAGUCAAACAAGCCAUGGGUGUUGAUGCCUCUGGUGCAAACAAAAAUGAGGAGGAUAGUAGUAGUGAGGAGGAAGAAGACACGAGAGAAACGGAGGAUGUGGCCAUUUCUAAUGACGCCACGUUUGAAUAG